AUGUCCGGCAGUGAUGUCGAGCACGUUUCUUGCUUUCUUAACGGCAAUCCUCAUGAGCUCCGGCGCCAAUCUUCUCCGACCAAUAACGAGUACUAUUUUGAUGUCCCGACGGAUAACUCUUUUGAAACCUCACUAAUCGCUUCGUCCUCUGCCGCACCACCUCUUGCAAGUACCACAUAUCCUGCGCAGCUAGGUCUCACAAAGUCGCCAGUACUUCCUGCAACCGCGAACCUAUCCUCGAACGGCCGAUCCUCGCCCGACCCUGACGAUUACUAUCGCCCACACCCACCCGCGUUGGUUGCAAAUGAUAAUACUGACUCCUUAAUCCUUGAUGUCAAUAACGCUGACCUCGCCGAAAAUCGUCCCCAAUUUCAACGCGUGUCCUCUGUGCCAACACACCCUCUAGAGCCGUCUGCUGAAAGGACAGGUUUCUAUCGUUCUGUCUCGGAUUCAUCAUACAGAAGCCUUGCACUCGGAUCCACUACCGGGACACAAUCAGCGCGGGCCUCCGCAGUGAGAUCAAGACAGGUAUCGUUCAAGGAUCUCGUGAACAAGUUCAACAACAACCCGGAUCAAGUUCUCCCUGUACCGUCAACAGCUACGCCAAGGACUGUCAGCCCAGGUAGCCCCAUUGACGGAUCGAUACCAUCCAAAAUCUCACAUCUAAAGGGAAGCCACGAUUUGUCUGCAAAGGAGCCCCCGGUUCCCCGGUGGAACUCGACAGGCGAUCUUAACGCAGAUCUACACUCGGGGCCCUCUCUCCCUCGACUUAGGACAAGCGAUCUCAAAGACAGUCAUCCCAUCCCUUUGAACUCUGCUCCCCGACGGCCCCCGUUUGGCGAAUUGCUUGUAGUGGAUACGGAUUUCCACAAUUUAGGAUAUGGAACACCGUCAAACCUGCGGCGUCGAGGUUCUGAAGGGGCCAUCCCUAGCCCGAACCCAGCAUUUCUAGACCAUCGUGAGUCUACACCCGGCCUGGCACCCUUAACUCCUACCGCCUGGUAUCUAGGACGCACGCCGUUUUUGGAAGCAGUGAAUACCAAUUAUAACGCCAGUAAUCACCGACGGACAAGGAGUGAUUUUGCUGGAGAUUGGCCUGGAGGCUCGACGGUGUACCCCCCUGAUACCCAUAUGGCGGUCCAAACCCCCUUGCAGCCGCACCCCGGGACACCCCUUGAGAGCCCACAUUCCAAGUCGCGCAUUCCUAUCUCUUCCCGCCGCCUUAAUUCAGCUCCUGAAUCGGGCGCUUCUUCGCCGUCUUCACCCACCGCAAGGCCUGAGCUAGCUUUCGGCAACCGAUCUGCUGCGCAAGUAUCUCUGCCGCCGAAAGGCGUUAGCCGCCUGCCUAAGCCAUCCCCCAAACAGUUACUCAAUUCUGCCCAUGAAUCGAACUAUGAUGGCGAGGCAACGUUUGCGAUAACGCCGCAUGCAAGGCGGGAAAUAGCCCCUGCUCGGUCUCGUCAGCACAUCCCUGAGAAAGGCGCCCUUCUGGAAGCUUACAUAGCCGCUCCUCCCCCCAAGAAGUCACCACCUUUGCGUAGUUCUCGUCCUCGCCAAGCUGUCUCACAAACCUCUCCAGCCGCACCACGUUCAAAGGUGGUAGAGACAGUUUCUAAUUUUCAAAAACAAAUAAAUCGUGAUCGUGAUUUGCGAAACUCUAGGACAAGAGACCGACGGCUGCCGGAAUUGGGUAAUGCCUUCAAUCGCACACUCCGACGUCAGGUCAAAGCUGAAGAAGAUAGACAGCAGUCCGAUCAACCGGCUACGCCACAGCAGCAACGUGUUGAGCCUGCAGAAGUGAUUAUUUUUGCACAGCCGGAUGAUAGCGUGACCGUGAUCGAGGAAUCUGUUGACAUUGGUCAUGUAACGGAAGAUCUGACACCUGAGCCGGAGGUGCCCAAAGUGCUCCCACAGCUCCACGUUGAUACAGACAUCUCUACACUAGAGAAUUCUCACACAACAGCUGAAUACCAUCCGAUGACAAUGGAUUCGCCGACAUUAGGCCACCCGGAAAUAAUUCUGAAUGGACAAGGGCUAGAGUCGAAACCUUGCCAUCCCCCGCCUAUCUCUGCUGUAACGACGGGUUCCAAUGAGACCAAUGUCACCGCGCAGAAUUUACAUGCAUCACACAGAACUCUCCUAAGUCAAAUAAUGCGCAUCCGCGACUCCAGUCCUAGCAGUUCAUCUUGCGACGAGCAAGACUAUGAAUUUUCUGAUAAUGACGAUAAGGAGUCCAUACCCAUCGUCCUGAGAGAUGCAUUAGCUCUUGAGGGUUCUAUUGACAGCAGUGAAAACCAAGAGCACCGUGACCUUUACCUAAAGCGGGAUGCCCAUGAUAGUGAGCCGCCAAAUCGUUGGAGUAUGAGUUCUUGGUCAUCUUCCCUUCAUCACGAGAAUUCCUCGGAUGGGCAAUGUGAGGGCAGCGAUGAUGACCUUGAAGAAGCUACCACUCAGUCAUGCUCUGCAUCUUCGAGCACUCCGUCCACUUCUAGCGUGGGACCUGAGCCCAGAAAGGAAGUUGCGUCACAUAGAACUGGCUACGGUCAAUCGAACGCGCCUGAUCUAGUAAGAUUAGGUGGCUGGGAUUCUAAGCGUGUGGCCCAGCUCUACAUGGAGGAGCUCGCCAAUGGCAGGAGUCAUAAUCUUCCCAUGCCGGCAAUACGUGCAUCCCCAGAACCGCCACCUUUACGGACGGACAAAAGGGAAGAAAGGAAUACCGAUUACAGUAUCCCAUCCUCGGAGAGAGUGAGACAUUCAGCGAGUUUGUUCUUGCGCGAUGACUGGGAACAUGCAUCUCCAUCCAUCAUGGAUUGGAUGCAGAUUGCUGCCGACGAACGAUCAGCCUCACAAGACCCGAAAAGUGACGACAGUUCGAAAAUUGAUGGUGUUCCAACACCGCGGCUAUUGACUCCUAGUUCGCAUGUGCCACGCCCAGAAGAUACAGAUAUAGGCCUGGGCUUGGCAAUCAACGUGCAGUCGCCUGAAGAGCUUGAUACUGAGGCUAUUCCACCACCUCCCAUACCACGCCAUGACCCUCCAGCACCCCCCACCGACACCAAAGAAGGCGCUGCUCGCCAACCCCAGGGCCCUUUGAUCCAUCAAUCUACUUCAAGCAUUUUUUCUAACGCUAUUUUUGCGCCACUGGGACCCGUCCAGAGCACGGAUAGUAGUGAAGACUCUUCUCUCCGACGAAUUGAACCCACACCUUCUCCACAGGCUUUAGACUCGUCAGCCACUUCGUUAGCUCCUUCGAUAUCAGGACCCCCACACCCAGAAACUGCAUCGCCGUCUCCAGAACAACGUCGACUGAAGAAGCGGCGACAUGUGAUAAAAGAAUUAGUUGAUACCGAAUACACCUUCGGAAGGGACAUGAAAGUCGUCGACGAUAUUUAUAAAGGUACUUCAAGCUCAUGUUUGGACCUCUCUGCUGAAGAUGUAAAGGUUCUCUUUGCAAAUUCCGAUCAAGUCGUGCACUUCUCGAUGGCUUUCCAGGAUACUCUUAAGGAAGCAGCUAAAAGUGUCUAUAUAAUGCCUAAAUCACAACGGUGGAGCAGCAGGCGCAAUGCAAGAAACAACACCAUCAAGGCAGACCAAGAAUCUUCAACUGGACCUAUUGUUUCAGACCUUGAAAAAGAUAACACGACUUUUAUUGGGCAGGCAUUCUUGGCGCAUAUAGCGAACAUGGAGAAGGUCUACGCAGAUUACUUAAAGAAUCACGACGCCGCCAACAAGAAACUUCAGACUCUGCAGAAGAACCCGAAAGUGGCUAUUUGGCUUAAAGAAUGCCGGGACUGGGCAUCGGACCUCACGACAGCAUGGGAUUUGGAUUCGUUACUGGUCAAACCAGUACAACGCAUAUUGAAGUAUCCCCUCCUUUUGAGUGAACUACUUGACUCAACACCAAGCGAUCAUCCAGAUCGUGUCGCACUUAUGACUUCCUUGGAGGAGGUUACAAACAUUUCCGUUCGUAUCAAUGAGUUGAAAAAACGUGCCGAUCUAGUAGGGCAAGUCGUUGGCCGCAAACGAAAAGAAUCGGAUGUCAGAGCAGGCUUGUCCAAGGCAUUUGGGCGUCGUACCGAAAAACUGAAGCAGCAAGUUGGCCUCUCCGAUCUAGUCGAAGACAAGGAAUACGAUGCCCUAUCUCAGAGGUUCGGCGACAACUUUUUUCAGCUGCAAGUUGUCAUGCGGGAUGCGGAAAUGUAUACGCGCGAGGUGCAGGGUUCUAUAGAUCGCUUGAGCGAAAUUACUCUUGCUAUAGGAGAGUUUAUCAGCGUCGCUCCCACUAUUUACUCCGAGCUUGAAGCCAAGUCGCGUGACCUGAAGACGGCUGUCCAAGAGUUACUGACAGAGGCACUACCUAAUCAUCUCGCCGUCGUUCGUAAGAGUGUCAUUGACCCAAUGGUCACAUUGCUCAAGCUCCACGAUGGUCCCCAAAGGGUGAUGAAAAAGCGCGACAAACGGCUCAUGGAUUAUGCCCGCUUCAAGAGCAUCAAGGAACGAGGGGACAAGCCAGACAAGAAAACUACGGAGCAAGGGGAGCAGUUUGUCGCUCUUAAUGAAGCCCUCAAAGAUGAACUUCCGAAGCUCUAUUCUCUUACCGCCAAGUUGAUGGAGGCUUGCUUGAGAAACUUUGUUCACAUACAAACGUCAUGGUUCAAAGUUCUACAGGAGAGACUUGCCCCCCUGGUAGACUCGUUCCCAGAUGAUAACCAGAAAAUCAUUGGUGAUUGGACUGCCGCGUUCAGCUUCUCCGAGGCACAAGUGCUGUCACUCGGCGUCUGUAACGGGUCGCUACUAGCCGACGCUAUCAACCUCGUUAACUUCAACACUCCAUCAACCGGAGCAACUAUUAGUUCGCCGCGGCGCCCAUCAACAGUCAACAGCACCAGCACUCGUGUUGGAUCCACUAUGGAUGAAUCGCCUAAAGCCUCCCACGAUUUCGGCGGUUGCAGCCAUCCUGUUAAGUCGCCGAGCUUUGAUAGCCAGUCUCAAAUAUCGCAUGGGCGCAAGCGUGCGGAUUCAACUUUCUCGGGUCGCGCUGCUCCUGAAUCGAUUGAGUUAUCCCGGAGUCAAAUGUUGCAGCAAAUCACUAGCUCUUCAUCGGCUUCCAGGCCUCAGUCCAAUUCUAAUAGGGAAUCUUGUCCAAGCCUCCCUCGGUUGAGCCUUGAUUCUCCAUUUCUUGUCGAUGUUAUUGGGCCUUCGGAGAGUAGCGACAAGCCAAUUGAUGAGCAACCCGCCUCCCCUAGUGGGGGUCGGUAUUCCGGCUUUUUUUCAUCCGCAAUGCCCAUGUCGGACAACCCACAGGAGAAUGCCCCCCCGGAGAACGAAGCCCCUAAGGAACCUGCUGUGCUCUUCUUGGCCGCCAGUAUUUAUGAGUUCAACAUUGACCGCGCCCGACGUGAGGCUGGGUACCCUUAUCUGACAUAUGUUGUCGGAGAGAUUUUUGAUGUCAUCGCUGAAAAGGGCGAGCUGUGGCUGGCCAAGAAUCAGGACGACCCUACUCACCAGUAUUACUUGUCUCAAUAUUUGUACAUGUUGUUCUCUGCUUUGAAAUGUCUGGGAAAUCCAUGGUACUCUCUGCUUUUGCGAUGGUGUUUGUUAGUCGCGCUACUGAAGACACAUUCUAUCAGAAGCCCUCAACUGUACUUGACUUUCCUGUACGCGUCGGCACCAGCCCUCGAUUUUUUUCUCUUCGCAGACAGGAUGCUUGAUGGCGGAUUGGGCAAGUUGCAGAAGAGGAUGAAGCGAUUUGGUGACACGUUGAACCCCGAUGAUGCGUAUCUGAGCUUGACGAGAGAAGAUAUGCAAUCACUGAAGAAUGACUGGCUCACAGACAAUAUUAUAUCCUUCUGGGAGGAGUACCUGGAACGCGAGUUCCUCGUGAACUAUAAAUCCUCCCACAUCGUUCUUCUGCGACCUAGCAUGUCUUUUAUGAUAUUGCAGACACCUAACCCCCACUCCCUUCGCGAAGCGUUACCCGACUUCUCGCGCACAACGCACGUCUUCCUCCCCAUCAAUGACUGUCGCAAUGUUACUGAAGCGGAGGGUGGAACUCAUUGGUCAUUGCUUCUCAUAUCCAUUGUUGAUGGAAUAGCAUUUCACUAUGACUCACUUCCUCCUGGAAAUGUUUGGGAAGCACGGACGGUAACCAUGAAGUUUGGGGCUUUACUCAAUCGAUCUAUUCGAUUUGUCCAUUUGCAGGACUCGCCGGUACAAGAGAAUGGUAGCGACUGUGGUGUCUUCGUCUGUCUGAGUAUGCGGCAUUUGCUGCUGAAACGGCUGUUAACUGCUAACGCCAGCGAAAAGGUCAGCAUGAGCCUCGGGGGUAUGAAAGUAGAUGCCCGCGGAGGGAGAAAGGAAAUGACCAAGAUCAUCGAAGGAUUCCGAAAAGAAGGUGAACGGCGGAGGUCGUACGUUAUUGCAGGCCAUCUUCUAGCUAGCCUCAGCCCCCUAGGGAAGAAGUCCGCAAGUCCUGGUCCUCCGCGGAUUGAAUGA